UUCAACUUCUUGCAAUCCAGUAAGAAAAAUUAUACAUCUGUUCGUGACUUCUAUCUGGUUUCUCCCACUCGGCAUCAUGUCGUUGCCAACCAUCCAGAGAGCAGUCGUCGCCGACAAGGCAGGCGGCCCGGAAGUCAUGCAAUACCGUACCGACUACGCUGUUCCAACUCCGAAAGAAGGCCAAGUCUUGGUGAAGAACCACAUUUCCGGGAUCAACUACAUCGACAUUUACUUCCGCGAGGGCCUCUACCCAUCCCCAAAGCCUGAGGUCCUUGGUCGUGAAGCAGCUAGUACAAUUGUGGCCUUCGGACCCAACACUGACACCCACGGUCUCGAAAUUGGCGAUCGAGUCAUUUGGCUCGGCACCGCCGGCUAUUCGGAGUACACGGCAGUUGCCGUUGCUAAGACUAUGAAGCUACCGUCUGGCAUUUCCGACGAGAAGGCUACUGCUUCGUUCCUUAGUGGACUCACGUGUCUGACUCUCUCACAUGAGGCGUACAAGGUCAAGCCAGGCGACUGGGCUUUGGUCCAUGCUGCGGCUGGCGGUGUAGGGUUCAUCAUGACCCAGAUUCUCAAGAAAAUCGGUGCGAAAGUCAUCGGUACCACUGGGGGUCCUGAGAAGGUUGCCCUGGUGAAAAGUCUAGGUGCGGACCACGUUAUUGAUUACCGGAGUCCUGAGGGGAAAAAUUGGCCCAAGAUUGUCAAUAGCAUCACAGAAGGUUGGGGAGUCGACGUGGUGUUUGACUCUGUCGGAAAGGACACAUGGGAGGGGAGUCUUGAGGCCGUGAGAAGGAAGGGCACGGUCAUCUGGUUUGGGAACGCAAGUGGUCCUGUUCCACCACUGCCGCUCAAUCGUCUCUCGCCGAAAUGCGUAAAGGUUGCACGACCAACAUUGCUUGGAUACAUCCAUACCCGAGAAGAGUUCGAAUUUUACGCCCAGAAACUAUUCAAUCUGAUUCUCCACGACAAUCUCAAGAUCAAUAUCCACAAGGUGUACCCUCUAAAUAUGGUACAACAAGCCCAUAAGGACCUCGAAGGGCGUAAAACUAUGGGCAAGUUACUACUCGCUGUGUCUUAAGGUUAAGCAAUGAGAGGAGCAACUGCUUGCUCGGCGUUUCCGUAUCUUUUAGCAUACCUGAACCAGGAUAACAGAGUUCGAAUGAUUGUCAUUAUUGAGAAUUACACAUUUUGCAUGCACCAUUU